AUGACUGGACUUGCGUGUGCAGAUACGAUGGUCCUCAUAGAGGCCGUGUGGGGACACGUUUUGAUCUUCUGGAAGUCCGAAAAACCAACAGAAUUUGAAAUGCAACUAAUGUGGUUCGAAGCCUGGGCCUUCGGAAUCUUGUCAGGAUUCUAUCUGACGGAGAUGACCAUUGACAGAUUGAUCGUAGUCAGAUUCCCAUUGGCCGCUCCCUCAAUCUGCACGACGAGACGGGCAAAGUUUACCGUCGCUAUCACAUUCCUUUUCGCGAUGGCGCUGAACAUCUAUAUCUUCUUUACGUUUAAGUAUGUGAAAGAGGAAGGGGGUGAAGGAGAGGUUAUUCGGAUGUCCGUUGACGACAAAGCCUUGGAGACAUUUGGGAUGUUGGUGCCACUUAUUUUCGGUACCUUCCUACCAUUUGCCAUCAUUGUAUUCUGUAAUAUCUGGAUUAUCUAUACCCUUCACGCGGCAUCCAAGAAGAGUGUGGCAAUGGGAGUUGGCCAGGACGGGCAGAAAUCCAGAGAGAAGGAGGCCCGUUAUCUCACCAAGAUGCUCAUCAUAGUUUGUUUUGCGUAUGUUGUCACAUCGAUCCCGUACAGACUACACGAUCUCCUCAUGGGAGUCCCGAGUAUUAGUGCCCAUUACGAUUUGAGCGACCCCUAUUGGAGGUUGAGGUACAGUGCGCAAAACUACAUCCUGCACCACUUGUGGGAAUGGAACUAUGCAGUGAACUUUUAUCUCUAUUGUAUCGGAGGGGGCAAGAGAUAUCGCCAGGACGUGCGAAUUAUACUGGAAAGGAUCAUGUUUUACCUCAGGACGGCAAAGAAGGGAAGAAAUUAA